AUGGCGAAGUUGAUCAUUGAUCAAGCUUUAUCAGUUAUCAAUUCUGGUGCACGUGUUUUUGUGCAGGGAUGUGGCGGAACUCCUCAAUAUCUUAAUCGUCUGGUAGCUAAUCGUGCCGGUGAUCUUCGACGUGUUGAAAUUAUAAGUCUUAAUCCUCUUGACGAUACAUUUACUAAUCCUGAAUUAAGAGAUAGUUUUUUUAUUAAUAGUCUCUUUGCAUCAUCUUUUGUUCGUUCAUCGAUUGCUAGUGGUUCUGCAUCAUAUAUUCCAAUAUUUCUCAAUGAAAUGCCUCGUCUUUUCGAUGAAAAAAUUCUUCCUAUUGAUGCUGCUUUAAUUCAUGUUUCACCACCAGAUAAACAUGGUUAUUGUUCACUUGGUAUUUCAGUUGAGGUGACACGAGCAGCUAUACGAAAUGCUAAAAAAAUCUUUGCUCAAAUCAAUCGAAAUAUGCCUCGUGUACAUGGUGAUACAUUUGUACAUAUGAAUGAUAUUGAUGCUUAUGUUGAAUAUGAUGAACCAUUAAUUGAAUUUAAUCAUACGAAAGAAAUUACUAAAAUAGAAGCAGCUAUUAGUAAAAAAGUUGCUGAAUUAAUUGAAGAUCAAAGUACACGUAUUGGUCCUAUUCCAGAUUGUAUUUUAACAUGUCUCAAUAAUCAUAAAGAUCUGAGUAUAGCAACAGAAAUGUUAUCAGAUGGUGUUAUACCAUUAUUAGAAAAAGGUAUUAUUACAAAUCGAUAUAAAAAAUUUCAUCCUGGUAAAACAACAUGUACAUUUAUAUUGGGAACAAAAAAAUUAUAUAAGUUUGUUGAUGAUAAUCCAAAUGUUCUUUCAUUGGAUGUUUCAAUAACAAAUGAUCCAGCUCAAAUACGGCAAAAUUUACGAAUGUGUGCAAUUAAUUCUGCAUUAGAAAUUGAUCUUACUGGACAAAUUUGUUCGGAUUCAAUCGGAACAAUGCAAUAUUCAGGUGUUGGUGGACAAAUGGAUUUUAUGCGUGGUGCUGCAUUAAGUAAAGAUGGAAAACCAAUUAUUGUAUUACCAUCAAAAACAUCGAAAGGUGUUUCACGAAUUGUUAAUACGUUGAAAGAAGGUGCAGCUAUAACAGCAACUCGAGCACAUGCUCAUUAUGUUGUCACAGAAUAUGGUGUAGUUAAUUUAUUUGGUAAAAAUUAUCAACAAAGAGCUAAAGCAUUAAUUGAAAUAGCUCAUCCAGAUCAUCGUGAAUCAUUAGAACGUGCUGCAUAUAAACGUUUUAAAGCAUUAUAUUAA